GGUGCUGCAGGCAUCAGAAAUGCUGGCGGAUGCUUCCAUUGUGCCUGCGUUUAUUCGGAUGUGUGGUGCCACCUUUGGACACGGAUGUGCCAUGGGCUUGCAGGUGACGCUUCCUGAGACGUUGGUUGUGGGCAAAGGUUGCUUUUUUGCGACAGGCAACAUCCUGACCAGCGUGGAUGUGGACCAGGGCAAGUUCAACGUGCCUUGCAUCACCUACAUGAGUGAUCACACCUUCCUUGGAAAUCACAACCACUUGCCGGAGGGUCUGCCCGAGGGCAGCUUCUGCGGUGUCGGUACUUGGCUUCCGAAGAGGCCCACUGAGCCCAACAUGAGCUACUUUGGCAAUCCUGCCAUGAAGUUCCGUCGACUGAGCAAUCAGGCUGCAGGCAAAGUGAAUCAGGGUCCCGAACCUGCCAGCUGCUUGGCACGUUUCUGGCAUCAUUUUAGCACCAGCAUCUUGGAUGUCUUCCUCUACCGUGGUGUGCAAGGAAGUGUCACGGCUUGUGCCAUGCUGACCAGCCGUCUCCUGUGUCCAAUGAUCACUGCCACUUGGGAGAUUUUCGCACUGCUCUUGGUGUACAUCGCAUUUGCCCUGGUAUCUUGGUACCUCUUCUCAGUUGUCCUGGGCAACCUGUUGUUCCAUGGAUCCACUCCCCACAGCAAUGCGUACUACUCCACGACAGUCACACGUUGGUUCACAGCACUGACGGCCCAGCAACGAGUCUUCAAACUGCCGUUCCAAACGGCUGGCACCAGCUGGCAAGCUCCUGUCUUGCGACUACUUGGAGCACGUGUGGGCAAGCGCUUUUUCUGCAUGAACGAGCUGGUGCUGGUGGAUGCUCCGUUCACGGAAAUCGGUGAUGACGUGACCGUGGACUAUGAUGGACAGGUGAGAUGUCAUUCCUUCGAAGACUUUCGCUUGAAGUUCACCCACUACUCUGUAGGCAACCGGGUGACCAUCAUGUCAGGUGCCAGUGUGGCAAUGUGUCAUGCUGGAGAUGGUGCCGUGUUGCGUCCAGGAAGUCUCAGUUGGAAGGGUAGUAACUUGGAGCCUGGUACUGUGUAUGAGGGUGCUCCUGCUGCAGCAGUGGAUGAUCUUGAGAGGGGUGUGGCUGGUGCUGGUCCUACCCUUCUGCAGGGCAAAGCCAAGCUGCCAGUGGUGAAGAAGUGAGAUCAGAGUGAGAGAGUGAGAUCAAGUUGGAGCAUAGUCUGCAUCUUCUUACUGUGUAAGAGCCACAAAUUUGGUUUUAAAUUUGGCAUGCAUGAACGACAUCCUUUUUGAAGCUAGCUGGCACAUUGUAUAGGCACACUGACAGGCAUUGCCAAUUGCCAGGCUUCAAUUUUGCUGAGUCAGAAGGACUCUACAGCGCCUUGUGCGUUCUCAUCUCUUGUGGCAUCAACGCCCUCGCAAUCCCUUGUCAAGUUUGCUGAGCGUGGAAGCAACGAUGCUUGAACAAAUGGCG